AUGUCAGGGGACUUCAAUUUUCCUCCCAGUCAAGAUUUCGAACUCUCUGUCGCUACCAGUAAACCAGGUGGCAAGAACGUUGGUUAUUCGAAGCCUAGUUUACCAGUUAAACAACCCAUGUCCGCUUACGUUGACUUUAAUCCAUGGUACGAGAGAUGGAAUCGCCUCAGUCAUUUAAGUCUGCGUGAUUUAACAGGUGAGCCUACAAAUUCUCGAACCACAUAA